AGAACAAAAGGUUGAUAGUCAACGGGGAAACAUGCCCGCCAUAUUUUUGGAAUCAAUCUCUCCACCGUCAUUACCGCCUUCGCCCCCCAAAAAUGGUUCUAACAUUACUCACGAGCUCCGUUAUAUUCCCUUUGAGAGACCAACACGAGCUCCUCCCACCUUGAACAUUUCUCAGCUAACUAACCACUCCCAGAUCUCUGUACUAUAUGAUAAACUAGUAAAUUCGAGUACAUAUGCUUCAAUUCUCGAUUCUUAUAAAUGCCCGAAAUUAGGGAAACAAGUUCAUGCGCAUGUUAUCAGAACUGGGUUCCAUCGCCAUGAGUUUAUACAGACCAAGUUGCUUCAAAUGUAUGCGAGGUGCGGUUGUUUGGAAUAUGCAGAUUUGUUGUUUGAUAAAAUGCCUGUUAGAAACCUGUACUCUUGGUUGGCCAUUCUUACUCUGUAUUUGGAUCAGGGGAUAUUCGAGGAAGCUUUUGCUGUUUUUCAAGAAUUACUAUUUGAAGAUAUUAAAUUUGAAUUCUUUUUGUUUCCUGUAGUCCUAAAUAUAUGUAGUGGUCUUGGCUCAGUAGAAUUAGGAAGGCAAUUACAUGGGAUGGUAAUGAAAUAUGAAUUCUUUUCAAAUAUUUAUGUGGGUAAUGCUUUAAUUGAUAUGUAUGGCAAAUGUGGGAGCUUAUGUGAAGCCAAGAAAGUCUUAGCAAUUAUGCCUCGUGCUGAUAGGGUGUCGUGGAAUUCAGUUAUUACGGCUUGUGCUGCUAAUGGAAUGGUUUAUGAGGCAUUGAAGUUUUUGGAGGAAAUGAAAAAUUCGGAUAAUUCAAUGCCAAAUCUUAUUUCUUGGAGUGCAGUUAUAGGAGGGUUUGCACAGAAUGGUUAUGAUGAGGAAGUCAUAGAGUUGCUAUUCAGAAUGCAAGCAGAAGGGAAUGAACCAAAUGCGCGAACUCUGGCAAGUGUUCUUCCUGCUUGUGCUAGAUUACAAAAGCUCAGCCUUGGUAAAAUAUUACAUGGCUAUAUAAUGAGACAUGGAUUUAUGUCUAACCCUUAUGUUGUGAAUGGACUAGUGGAUAUAUAUCGGAGGUGUGGUAAUAUGGAUAAUGCAUAUAAGAUCUUUUCGAAGUUUUCUAUGAAAAAUGGAGUCUCUUUUAACACGAUGAUUGUUGGUUAUUGUGAAAGUGGUGAUGUCUCCAAGGCAAAGGAGCUCUUUGAUAAUAUGGAGCUUAUAGGGGUAAAAAGGGACUUAAUUUCAUGGAACUCGAUGAUUUCAGGAUAUGCAGAUAACUUCCUGUUUGAUGAAGCUUUGAAUAUGUUUCAGGAUUUGCUAAAAGUAGAAGGGAUACAACCAGAUUCUUUUACGUUAGGGAGUGUUUUGACUGUUUGUGCUGAUAUGGCAUAUUUGAGGCAAGGAAGGCAGAUACAUUCUCAUGCCAUUGUUAAGGGCUUGCAAUCUAAUACCUUUGUUGGUGGAGCUCUGGUAGAAAUGUACUCUAAGUGCGACGACCUACAUGCUGCUCAGAUGGCUUUUGAUGAGGUGAUUGAAAGGGAUACUCCAACAUGGAAUGUUCUGAUAUCUGGUUAUGCCCGUUUCAACCAGAUUGGAAGAAUUCAAAACCUGCUUCAGAAAAUGAGAGAGGAUGGUUAUGAGCCAAACAUAUAUACAUGGAAUGGCAUUCUUGCAGCUUAUGUCGAAAAUGGCCACCUAGACAUAGCUAUGCAGUUAUUCUACGAAAUUCAGACUUCAAAUACUAGGCCUGAUAUUUACACGGUCGGAAUUAUUCUAGCUGCUUGCUCAAAAUUGGCCACACUUGAGCGAGGGAAACAAGUUCAUGCACACUCAAUCCGAUGGAGUUAUGAGUCCAAUGUACAUAUAGGAGCAGCCCUUUUGGAUAUGUAUGCAAAAUGUGGAAGUAUAAGGUACGCUCAGUUGGUUUAUAACAGGAUCUCAUACCCUAAUUUGGUGUGCCACAAUGCUAUGCUUACUGCAUAUGCAAUGCAUGGACAUGGAGAAGAGGGAAUAGCCCUGUUUCGAAGAAUGCUGGCUGCUGGUCUCCAACCAGACCAUGUGACUUUCCUAUCUGUUCUUUCUUCAUGUGUUCAUGCUGGAUCAGUUGAGACAGGCUAUGACUUCUUCAAUUUGAUGGGAUUUUAUACUGUGAAACCUGCAUUAAAGCACUAUACUUCAAUGGUCGAUCUCCUCAGCCGUUCAGGACAGCUCCAUGAAGCUUACGAGCUUAUUAAGAAAAUGCCAAUGGAACCUGACUCAGUUUUGUGGGGUGCUUUACUUGGUGGAUGUGUUAUUCAUGGUAACGUUGAGCUGGGUCAAAUAGCAGCAGAGAAGCUCAUAGAGUUGGAACCAAAUAACACUGGGAAUUAUGUCUUAUUGGGUAAUUUGUAUGCUUAUGCAAGGAGAUGGUCUGAUCUAGCAACAAUAAGACAGAUGGUUAAGGAUAGAGGAUUGCACAAGAGCCCUGGAUGUAGUUGGGUUGAGGACAAGGAGGAAAUCCAUUCCUUUGUUGCUUGGGAUAGAACCCAUAAGAGAACAGAAGAGAUUUACACUACUUUAAAUAACUUAACCUUCCACAUGAAAACAAGGACUGUAGCUUACUAGCUCUAGAUUAAACAUGCCAGUAGUGAAUACUUGGUUUGUAUUAUUUUGUACACAAGAUCGCAUUUACCCAUUAUUUGGUAUGGAUGAAUUUGAAAAAUAUAAUCCACAAAAUUGAAUUG